AGAAAACAAUCGAUACUUAACGUUGUCAAAGCCUAAUUGAAUUAUGAGAAGAAAGAUUUUUUUUUGUUAACGUUAUACGAUGGCGUGUCGGUUGUCUAAGCGAAAAAAUCGAAAAUAUGAUUUUUCCAACCGAACUGAUGACGAUAAAACGCCCGCCCCAAACGAUGAUACAUCAUCCAGCCAAACUGACUUGCCGGAAGACCAAUCAAUCAAAAUUUACAAAUCGAUUAGCGAAUUUGAUAAAAAUUUACCACACACCGUAACCAAACUGACGACACCACAUGGAUCGAUGGUGUAUUUGGUGGGCACCGCUCAUUUUUCCAAAGAGUCGCAGGAUGAUGUGUCGCUUGUCAUCAGAAAUGUUCAGCCCGACAUUGUGAUGGUGGAAUUGUGUCCUGGUCGCAUACACAUUUUGAAACUUGACGAGAAAACGUUGUUGGAAGAAGCCAGAGAUAUUAAUAUUCCGAAAAUCCGUAGUCUUAUUAAAACGAAUGGUCUAGUCAAUGGCAUAUUUUACAUUGUUCUGUUGAACAUGAGCGCAAAAAUAACUAAGGAACUGGGCAUGGCACCUGGCGGAGAAUUUCGACGAGCUUUCGAAGAAAUUCAGCGACUCGACAAAUGCAUUCUUCAGCUGGGCGAUCGACCGUUAAACAUCACAUUGCAACGGGCAUUACACGGCCUAUCAACGUGGCAAACCAUAAAGAUAUUUUGGAAACUGUUAACGUCACAGGAAAAGAUUACAAAAGAGGAUGUGGAGCAGUGCAAACAGCAAGAUCUGAUCGAAGAAUUAAUGCAAGAAAUGGCUGGCGAAUAUCCGGCUUUCCGGGAUGUGUUUGUGUCUGAACGUGACUUGUUUUUGUGCCAUUCGUUGCAAGUAGCCGCAAUGCCACAAGCGUCACCAAAUGGUGGUCUGCAUCCAGUUAAGGUGGUUGGAGUUGUAGGAAUUGGACAUUGUUCCGGCAUUGCACAACAUUGGGGUAAAGUUGACUCGGCAAGGAUUCCAGAAAUUACAACCAUACCUCCAGCCAGUUUGAGCAAUCGAGUGUUCAAGUUCACAAUAAGAAUGAGCAUUCUGGGUCUUAUCGGCUAUGGAGUUUACCGUUUAGCUCGGCCGACGAUACAACGUAUGCUAUAGGGAAGCCGACUGGUUUAAUCGUUCAAUGACUGCGUGUAAGUAUUUUUCAUCGUCAAAAUUGGAAUUGGAAUUGUGUUCGUGUAAUUUAGUGAUCGAAGAACAUUUUCUAAUAAAAAUUUUAUUAAAACAAGACACAAA